GAGCAAAUACAGUCACAGCUGGAGAGCCUCAGGAGAGAGAAAGGAGAACUGGAGAAAGAGCAAAAGAAGGAGCAAUGGGUGUGCCAUGACUAUCUGGAAAAAGUGAAGGUGGAGAGGCAGAAGAUUGUGCCUGAAUUUAAACAGCUGCGACAGUACCUGGAAGAACAAGAGUGCCUGCUGCUGGCUCGGCUGGGAGAGCUGGAGAAGAAGAUUAAAACAAGAUUGAAAGAAAAUGCUGCUAAAUUCUCCAAGAAGAUUAUUUAUCUGGAUGGGCUGAUCAAGGAGAAGGAGUGUCAGCUCUCAGAGCUCUCAGGACAGGAGUCCCUGCAGGUUUCUUCCUUCCUGCUUCAACUGGAGAAGCUGGCAGUGAACGUGACUCUGGAUCCAGACACAGCUCAGUCCUGGCUCAUCUUGUCAGAAGAUCAGAGAAUUGUGAUGCAGGGAGCCACACAGCAGAGCCGGCUUGACAACCCAGAGUGGUUUGACCUGUGGCCUUGUGUGCUGGACUGCAAAGGAUUCGACUUGGGGCGACUAUGCUGGGAGGUGGAUGUGGUCUGUGGGUCAUGCUGGGCUGUGGGGGUGGCUCUGGAGUCUGUGAAGAGGAAGGGACUGAUUGACAUGAGCCCCAUGGGGGGUAUCUGGGCAGCGGAGUGGUAUAAGGAGAAGUUCCAGGCUCUCACUUCCCCAUCUCCCACCCCUAUCCUCCCCAGCAUGGUCCCCCGGAGGGUGCGGGUCUGUCUGGACCAUGCAGGGGGGCAGGUGGUGUUUGUCAACGCGGACAGCAAGGCUGUGAUUUUCACUUUCCUGCGAGCCAUGUUUGCAGGGGAGCGAAUCCGCCCCUGGUUCUGGGUGCGUAAGGGGUCCCAGCUCAAACUGUGUCCUGAGACCUGA